GUCAAGUUGCUACUCGUCGGAAAAACGAAACGAAAACCGCAAGUCGUAAAGCGACGAAUAGUAUUUAUUUAUCGUGAUGAAAUUAGGAUUUAAAAAUGAUUUUCGAUUAUGUUACAAAGUUUCACUUAGAAGAUUGCUUAAAUAUUUUAUCAGAACAUGAUAAUUUGGGCUACUACAGCGUCAAAAUCGAUUUCCUAAAACUUUUUGAGACCUAUCCUGAUGUCGGAGAUAAAGUAUUAUGUAGUCCUGUGGAAAGUUUACCGGCCUGUAAUAAGGAUUUAAUAAAAGUGCAACAAACAAUUCUUGAGCGCGACGAAUACAAAUCGGCUGUUGCAAAGUUAGAUUAUUGCUUUUUAAAACGUAAUAUUCAUGCAAGAUUCUUUGGUUUACCUGUUUGCCCAGAAUUGCAUCGAACAGUUUUCCCGAAAAAUGUGGAUUUGGGAUGUUUUCUAAAAGUCACAGGCACCGUUGUCCGAGUCACGCAGUCUAAAAUGUUAGAAUAUCAGCGGAAAUAUGUUUGUAUAAAGUGUAGAUAUGAGAACUGUGUGGAAGCGGAAUUUGAGAACAGGUACAUUUUGCGACCUCCAUCAAAAUGCGGGAAUGAUGACAAAGCUUGUCGAAGUUCAACAUUUUCACAAGUGCCUCUAGUUUCUAGAGAGCAUUGUAAAGAUUAUCAGGAAAUUAAAAUACAGGAGCAAGUGAACAAGUUGAGUAUUGGAACUAUACCUGGGUCCAUGUGGGUGGUGUUAGAAGAUGAUCUGGUAGACUGCUGCAAACCUGGCGAUGAUGUCAUUAUUUGUGGUACGGUCAGACGUCGGUGGCGACCUUCAAGUACUAACAAGAAGUCUGAGGUUGAAUUGGUUUUACAAGCAAAUUACAUAGAAGUCUGCAAUGCACAGAAAUCUGAAGUUUUAUCCUCUGCCCCUGAUGUAAAGGACUGUUUUGAUGAGUUUUGGUCUAAGUAUGAAGCUUGUCCUAUGAAAGGGAGAGACCGGAUUCUGGCUGCAGUGUGUCCUCAGGUUUAUGGACUUCACUUAGUUAAGUUAGCAGUACUUCUAACCGUGAUUACUGGUUCGAAUCACGUGGCUGAGAACAUUCAGGAUGGCAAGAAAAACGCCCAAGACGACAAACAUGCGACCCGUGUGCGUGGCCAAUGUCACCUACUUCUUGUUGGUGAUCCAGGUACUGGAAAAUCACAGUUACUCCGCACUGGUGCUGAAUUGACAGCCAGAUCUGUAUUUACCUCGGGAGCUGGCAGUACUCGAGCCGGUCUCACUUGCGCAGCACUUAGGGAAGACGGUGAAUGGCAAUUAGAAGCUGGUGCUUUAGUUCUAUCAGAUGGAGGUGUAUGUUGUAUUGACGAGAUAUCACAGCUGAGGGAACAUGAUCGCACCGCUAUACACGAAGCUAUGGAACAACAAACCAUAUCUGUUGCAAAGGCUGGUAUUGUGUGCAAAUUGAAUACACGCUGUGCAAUAAUUGCUGCCUGUAAUCCUAAAGGACAUUAUGACACGGAUCAGCCGCUCAGCGUCAAUGUCUCGCUCGGAACGCCCCUGUUAAGUAGGUUCGAUUUAAUAUUUAUUCUACUGGACUCUAAGAACAAAACCUGGGAUAAACUAGUAUCGUCAUACAUACUCUUUGGGGACUCAAAUGCAGCAGAAUCUAAGAAAAGAUGGAAUCUUGAAAAGUUACAGAUGUACAUAAGUCUAGUCGGCCCUAAGUAUUCCGAAAUGACAAAGUCAGCGAAUAUGAUUCUCCAGAAGUAUUAUAUGGCACAAAGAAUGUCUGAACAUCGAGAUGCGUCCCGCACUACUGUGAGAAUGUUAGACAGCUUAGUAAGAUUAUCGCAGGCGCAUUGCCGAUUAAUGUACCGAACUACAAUCUUACCAAUGGAUGCGAUCGUAGCAAUUUCACUAGUCGAUCUAUCUAUGCAAGACUGCACACUCGAUGAUACAGCGGACGCCUUACAUUCAACCAUACCCAAAUAUCCAGACUUCGAGUACCUAUGCACAGCCAAAAAACUUCUAACGAGGUUAAAUUUGAAUGAUAUAUGGCGAAACGAACUCCUAUAUUACGCGAAAUUGUUACAAGUCGACCAUAAAACGCUAGAAAGCGAUAUUGAAACAGGAAAUUGUAAGCUAUUCGCGAAACAUGAUGAUGUUACUGAUGACAACAUUCAAUUAUCAGCAUCUCUUAUAACUAGCUCUUAUUUUAAUAAUAAAAAGGGUAGUAAAAGUAAUGAAAUUGUCAUUGCCGAAGACAUUGAAAACAAAAGACAGGAUAAGGAGUUUAAGAAUGUUGGUAUAAAUGAAAGAUUUGCUGUAACAUUAAAGAAACAUAAAACUCUGAAUAGUACAGAAAAAGAACCACCUAGUGUUAAAAAAAAGGGAGGUAAUAAACGCAAAAGAAAAGAAGUAACUGCAGACAUUACUGAAGUAAAGAAUAAAUUGCCUAAAAAAGGUAAAAAGUCUAAAGGUAAAGCUAAUUCUAAGGAAGAUAAUGUGUCCAGUGAUGAAGAAUUUGUAGAAGAGCAAAUUGUUUUAAAAGCUGUACCCAGUGUAAAUGAUGCCUUAGCUGACUUAGGCAUUGAUUUCCAUUUCGAUAAUGGAAGUGAUGAAACUAAUGUUAAUAAUGAAAGGAAUAUUGAUAAAUCUGAAUCUAAAGAAAUAGAAAUACCUAAACAAAUUGACACUUCUGAAGAAAAUUUAGAUAGUGUAUUAGAUAUAAGUAUUGAGAUUGGCACAAAAAAGGAUGAUGUCAAAGAAAGAACUGUUUGUAAGUUAAAACAGUUCCAAUUUAUUGGCAAACAUGACUUGGAUAAAUAUGAUGAUAAGCCAAAAAAGCCUUUGGAUAAAAAUUAUAGAAAAAUUAGAGAUAAUAAAGUUACUGAUAAAGAAAACAAUAUAGAUAAAAGUGCUUCCAAUGUAAAAGCAUCUACAUCAAAAUCCCAGAUUUCAAUGUUUGAAGGUACGGAUUCAGAUUUGAAUGUGACAGUACUAGCUCAAGUACGAGGCAAAGAAAAUUCUUCCACAGCAUCAAAUCAAAAGCUAUCUAAUCCUAGUUCUCAAAUAUCCAUGUUUGAAAGUUCAGACUGUGAUAUAGAUUUAGAUAUAUAAUCAUGUCUAUAGUUUUUAUACUGUUGUUAAAAUAAAUCAAGUACUACUAUUUUUCGUGGUUUUAAUUGUAACAAUAUCCUACAACAUAUUUACAAAAUAUAAUAUUAAGAAGCUACUUUUGUUGCAGCAAAGGGGUUUGGUUUAGUCAGAAUUUUCUAUUAAAUAAUUGAUUCAUAUUUAUUUUCUAUGUCAAUUAACAACAUAUUUUUUUCAUGAACUGAUGUUUGAAAAUAUUUUAAGAUGUUGAUUUCUAGUUUACAUUGUAUUGCAAACAAUAUGAAUAACAUUUAUUUAAACUUCCUCCGAAGUCUUUAUAGGGUCAUUUUCAUAGUUCUCUAUGAGUAAGUGUUUGAACCUCCUUGCUGUAACUUGAAUGCUUUCUUCUUUAGCGGUUACAUCUAAGAUUUCCACUCUAGACACAUAAAUGUGAUCUGGGUUUUUAGGGCUCACCAUCUUUAUGACAUCUACUUCAUCACCCACUUUCACCUACAAAUUAAAUUUGAUUAUUUCUUCGGUAAUCUAACAUAUUGCAAACACUUUUUACUUUGAUAUGUAAUACUUACUGAAGCGCUCUUCUUUAAGAUUUUCUUCCCAUUGACUCUGAUUUUACUUUCAUAAAACAUUUGUUCUACUUUGCUGAAAAUAAAAUAUUGUGAGUUAGACGCUAGACUUCCUAUUCUUCGAGUCAUAGUUAAAAAUAUUUGAAAGAUUUCUUACUUCCUUGAUACACUAAGUGCUGACUUUAACACUACAUCGGUUCUCAUUGAUGUGGUAGAAAAUUUUACUACUUUUGAAUCUUUUGAGAGAGAAGAAUCAUCCUCUAGCUCAAUUUCUUCGUCGUCCGAGUCGUAUUGUCUC